CUUGAGUCAGAGGGGAGGGCUCUGUACAGGGGUGGGUUCAGUGUGUAUAAAAGCUCUCAGCUGAGCGGCACACAGCACAUUGGGAAAACUUUACCAGAGAGGCCAAAGAGCUCUUCAUCCGCACACAGCAGCAGCAGCACCCUCCGCCGCCUGAACACAGCCGUCAUGACUGAGAGACGUAUUCCUUUCACUCUGCUCCGCACCCCCAGCUGGGACCCAUUCCGUGACUGGCAGCAGAGCAGCCGCAUCUUCGACCAGGCCUUCGGUAUGCCGGCUCUGCCCGAGGACUUCGGCACAUUCCCCAGCACCCACUGGCCGGGGUACCUGAGGCCCUCCAUCCUGGCCCCGGAAAUGGCACCCAUGAUGCACCCCGCUCCCAUGGUGUACCCCAACCCCGUGAUGGCCCAUCAGGCUCGGGCCCUGUCCCGCCAGGUGAGCAGCGGCAUGUCAGAGAUCAAGCAGACUCAAGACAACUGGAAGGUGUGCCUGGAUGUCAACCACUUCUCUCCCGAGGAGCUGGUGGUGAAGACCAAGGACGGUGUGGUGGAAAUCUCUGGCAAACAUGAGGAGAGGAAGGACGAGCACGGCUUUGUGUCCAGAUGCUUCACCAGGAAAUACACGCUCCCCCCAACGGCCAACGUUGAGAAGGUGACCUCCUCCCUGUCUCCUGAGGGGGUUCUGACCGUGGAGGCUCCUCUGAUCAGGCCGGCGAUCGAGUCCGCGGAGACCACGAUACCCGUCAACGUGGACAAAGGCAGCGUGGUGAAGAAGUAGGAAGAAAAGCAGCACGGCGUCUCCCACACACACACACACACACACACACACACACAUUCAAUUAAGCACUUUAGUUCUGCUACUAGAAAGGUGAAGAAGCGGCUUACUGCUCUCCCUAAACCAGGCUUGCUCUCAUGCCCCGGAGAGGAGAGCGAGGGAUUGCCCUUGCUCUUCCCUCUCCCCUCUGUCUCUGGUAAUGAGCCAACCCUCGCUGAGUGCGCUGUGUAAACACAUCUGCACCAGUGCCAUAUGCCCGCUCUUUGUGCUGUAAUUACACUCUUCAUCUGAAUAAGGGAAAUUUCAGCUUAGCCCCUGCUCACAGAUUCUUCUUGCUUCCCUUCCCCUCGCUUACACACACCUCUCUGGUUUGUACUGAGUAACAUCCCCUUCACGCCGCCUCCUCACAUAUGCUCAAGACAACAGCUAAGCGGACUGUAAUGGCAGCGAUGGUGUGAAUUAGGGAAUCAAUAUCCCAAGACAGCAUGCACACCACCACUCUGAGUAGUGAACAAUGCCUGUUAGCGAUCACGCUGUGGUCCCCCUGGACUGGAAAACAACUGGUUUCUGCCAUCUUCGGAGGCGAUCUGUUCAGCCGUGCAAACAGAGAAUAAAGAACACAAAACACA